CUCCUCCUCCUCCUCCUCCUCCUCCUCUCUCUCAUCAUUUCUCUCUCCUCUCAAAAACAAAAAAAAAUUUCAGAUUCAGACAAAUGGGGAAUUGCCAAGCAGUCGAUAAUGCAACGAUAGCAAUUCAGUGUCCAAACGGAAAAGUAGAGAAGCUCUACUGCCCAAUCCCCGCCGGAGAAAUUAUGCGGCUGAAUCCCGGCCACUACGUCGCCCUUCUACUCACCACCACGCUAUAUUCCUCCGCCGCCGUCGCGCCCUCCGCCGCCGGAGGCGGCGGCGGCGGCGCCAAUACUCCACUUAGGGUUACGAGAAUAAAGCUUCUCAGACCUUCCGAAACCCUCGCCCUUGGUCAUGUCUACAGACUCGUCACCUCACAAGAGGUGAUGAAAGGGCUAUUGGCGAAGAAGAUGCAGAAGAAUGGGAAGAAAACGAUGACAGAAAAGCAGCCUUUGUAUUUCGAAGGAGAUGAUGGGAUGAAGACCAAUCAGGGAACUAGCCAAGAAAGGCACAGGCCAAGAAUAUUAUGCACCACCACUGAUCCACUAAACUCAUCAUCUGCUAGAUCAAGAUCAGGUUCGGGUCCGAAUCCGGGUCCGGGUUCGGGUCCGGGUUCGGGUGGGUGCAACAAAGGUGGGAUGAGAACAUGGCAGCCUGCAUUAAAGAGCAUCUCCGAAUCACUCUCCUGAUCAUCGAUCCAUCUUUUAAAUAAUAUUUAAUUUAAUUUUAAUUUCCUGUCUUAUAUAUAUAUAUAUAUAUAUAUAUAUUGGUGCAUGUUGGUCGUCUGUGUGUUGUCUGUCUGUAUGUAGAUUUUUGGUUAGAUAAUGAACGUGGGCACUGACGACACUGCUAUGAACAUGGAUCCAACAGCCUCAGAUUCAGAUUUAGCUUCUUAGAUAACAUCUAUAAUAUGUUUAAGAAUUGCAACAACAUUAAUUAA